UCAAAGCGAAAAUCAGUUGAAGUUGAACACCAAAUCUGCAGUGCCAUGGCUUCUAUUUCUAAAAGGACAGCAAGUGCUCAGUCCUUUGUCUCUGAUCCAGUACUCCAAAUGCCCAAAAUAACACAGAAGUUCAAGAUUGGAAUUUGUCAGCUGAAAGUGACAACAGAGAAGAGUGUUAACAUUCUAAAUGCUCGUAAUCUAAUUCAAGUUGCUGCAGAACAAGGUGCAAGUCUUAUACUUUUGCCUGAAAUGUGGAAUUGCCCUUAUUCAACUGACAUGUUUGCAAAGUUUGCUGAGGACUUCAAUGAUUUAGACAGCGCCCCGUCAUUUCUUAUGUUAUCUGAAGUGGCUUCUUCCUUAGGAGUCACCAUUAUAGGUGGAUCGAUUCCGGAAAAGGAUGUUGGUCAGCUGUACAAUACUUGCACUGUGUUUGGACCUAAUGGAGAGUUAAAGACUAAGCACAGGAAAAUACAUUUGUUUGACAUGGGUAAGCCACUUCCAGGAGAAGUUCAAUUUAAGGAAUCAGACAGCAUUUCAGCAGGAGAUAAGCCUACAGUUGUUGAUACAGAUUUUGGUUGCAUUGGAAUAGGAAUUUGUCAUGAUAUUCGAUUUCCUGAACUGGCAAUGUCGUAUAGUGCCAGAGGUGCUCAUCUAAUAUGUUAUGCUGGAGCAUUCAACAUGAGUACUGGGGCGGCCCUGUGGGAGCUGGAGCAAAGAUCAAGGGCAGUUGAUAACCAGCUUUAUGUGGCAUCUUACUCACCAUCUCGAGAUUCAGCCAGUAGCUACAUGAUAUGGGGUCACUCCACUGUGGUUGGACCGAUGGGUGAAAUAAUUGCAACCACAGGGCAUGAGGAAGCAGUUCUAAUUGCUGAUAUUGAUUAUGCUGCGAUUCAACGAACAAGGGAAAGCCUCCCUUUAAAGAGACAGAGGCGCGACGACAUCUAUCAAUUUGUAGACUUGCUUGGAUACAAGUGCUAAGAGGCUUUAAGAGUAGGGCAUUUUGAUCAGAUUGCAUAUCAUGGCUAAAUGAAAUUCUGAAAUGAGAUUAUGCAGGAGUUCUUCAUCACCAAGAAAAUGCUUUGCUAGUUUUGUUGGCAACCAGUGCUUGUAUCAAAGAUUAUUCCAACUUCCAAGAGGCAUUUGUUAACAAGUUUGAUAAUAUUUGGCAUUUCAUCAAAAGAUUAUUUUGAUAAAAAAGACUACCAGGUUUUCGGAUAGGUGAAUUUUAUGUGUAUGCACAGUAUAUUCAAUAUCUCAAUAACAUAGUGGCUUGUCAUAUUGAUGGAA